AUGCCACCUAAGCGUACAUCGAACGGCGCUGCCGGAGGCAGCAUCGGUGUCAAGCGUGGUAGACCUCCGGGAAGCAAGAAUCGACCAAAAGUAUCGGCAGAUGGAGGUGAUGCGAGCGUGUCAGCCGUCAGCGCUCGAGGAGGCAGAGGUCGAGGUAGAGGGAGGGUUGGUAGUAGCACUGGAAGCAGCGGCCGAGGUCGAGGCGGUGGCCGACCACCCGUACGCAGGAGCGCCGCAGAGGCCAGUGUGAGGAGCUUUUCGCCGACCGCCGCCACGAAGCGUCGUCGGCAGAAUUUGGCUUCUGCAGUGCUUGAUGAAGCGGACGAUAGUGGAGGUGGCACACAAGAGGAAGAUUCGGACGGGGACGCGGAAGAGGAUUCGGGUAGCGAUGCUGAAGAUCCCGGUAGAGGGUCUGACUCUGGUUCCGAAGAGGAAGCGGAAGAUGACGAUGAGGAGGAAGAAGAUGAGGAAGAUGAGGAAAGCAGCGAGGAGGAGGAGAAUGGAUCAGAGGUGGAAGAUGGCAGAGCGAGGGAGGCCGGCACAGCCAGGCGCUUGCCUAGCGAAAAGGUUCGGUUAAGGAGGUGGAGGAGGGUUGGGAAUGACGAAAGGGACGCCGUCACGAGUGAAGCUGGUGCUAUCUGGAGAGUGGCCAGGUGAGGUGGAAUCAGUAGCUCCGAGCCUCGCGCGGCGACUUGUCUCACCCAACGCUCUCGUUUGGCAGACCCAUCCUCGCUUCUCUACCAAUAGGACAACGUGAUGCAGUGACGCAGGCCCUGACUCGCGCGCUAAGCCGCACCGAAGAAGCACUUCAAAAGACUCUGGUACCGCCCACAGCCCCAUUGCCUCAGGGCGUCGUAUCUACGACUCCUGCAGGAGGUGGCUCGUUGCAGGCGUGGCGUAACGAGAUGAGCAGGUACGACGAUAUCACUGAUCUGGCUGCUGCUAGUGGAGAUGCUCUAGAUGUAGAGCAAACGCUGGGAGCAGAGAGGCAUGGAGAUGUGGUGAGUAGCAAUGCGCUCGGCAAGCUACGGGGUUUGAUCCGCUCAUAGAUUGCACACACACACCCAGGCAACGCUCGAAUCUUUGCUGUUGCCAGAGGCAGUUGAGACUGUGGCGCUCACGCGAGCCUUGGACGCGCAGACAGCAGAGCUCCAAAGUGCCUUGCCUCGUUUGAAGCGUCUUCAAGAUCGGGCGCGCGAAAGGCCAACAGAUAGCGAUGGUCGAGAACCUCGUGAUUCAGCUCUGAAUCUACCACGUAUUCCAUCUGGCGCAGCCACUGCCAUGUCCGCUGCACAAGACCGACUCAUCGUUAACCAGCUUGACGGGCUACUCUCUUGA